GACUUUCCUGGAACUCAUUUUAUAGAUCAGGCUGUACUCAAACUCAAAGAUCCAACUGCUUCCCAAGUGAUGGGAUUAAAGCAUCGAAUGGAUUUUCUUCAGCUGAUGAUGAACUCCCAGAAUUCCAAAGACAUGGAGUCCUAUAAACCUCUUUCUGAUCUGGAGAUCCUGGCCCAAUCAAUCACAUUUAUUUUUGCUGGCUAUGAGACAACAAGCACCACUCUUACAUUUAUUGCAUAUAUACUGGCAACUCACCCCAAUGUUCAGAAGAAACUCCAGCAUGAGAUUGAUGCAGUCCUGCCCAAUAAGGUUCAGCAAGGAGAAUAAAGAUAGAAUCAAUCCUUAUACAUACCUGCCUUUUGGAUAUGGUCCUAGAAACUGCAUUGGCAUGAGGUUUGCUCUCAUUAACAUGAAGCUUGC